GUUCCCUUAUCGGAACCAGAGGAUAGGAUAGGACGGCCUGCAGCAGAGAGCUAGUCACAUCGGGCACCAGAUCCUGUCCUGCAACGAAUCCCAGUGCAACGAAAUGCAAAUAAACGAAAGCAUGGCGCCCAAGUAGAACAUUCCAACAGCGCCCGACAGCAAGCCAACAAGCUCCAGCUCCAGCUCCUGUUUCUCUCUCUGAAACUAUUUCCACUUCGAAUCCGAUUGACCCGAAUCCGGUCCGACGCGAGUCCGGAAUGACGGAGCAGAAGAACCAGGUGACGCGCGCUGCGCCGGAGCAGAGCAACGACUACCGGGUGGUGGUCUUCGGAGCCGGCGGCGUGGGCAAGAGCUCGCUGGUGCUGCGCUUCAUCAAGGGCACCUUCCGCGAGAGCUACAUCCCGACCAUCGAGGACACCUACAGACAGGUCAUCAGCUGCAACAAGAACAUCUGCACGCUGCAAAUCACGGACACCACGGGUUCGCACCAGUUUCCGGCCAUGCAGCGGUUGUCCAUCUCGAAGGGACACGCCUUUAUCUUGGUCUACUCGGUGUGCUCCAAGCAGAGUCUGGAGGAGCUGCGACCCAUCUGGGCGCUCAUCAAGGAGCUAAAGGGGGCCGACAUCCCCAACAUCCCCGUCAUGCUGGUGGGCAACAAGUGUGAUGAGACCGCCGAGUUGCGUGAGGUCUCCCAGGCCGAGGGUCAGGCGCAGGCGACCACCUGGAGCAUAUCCUUUAUGGAGACGUCGGCCAAGACGAAUCACAACGUGACCGAGCUCUUCCAGGAGCUGCUCAACAUGGAGAAGACGCGCACCGUUUCCCUGCAGCUGGACACCAAGAAGCAGAAGAAACAGAAGAAGGAGAAAAAGUCCAAGGACACCAACGGCUCGAUUCCGGAGAACGGAGACGCGGGGGCCAGUGCCAGCGGUGGGGCCAAGGAGAAGUGUCUCGUUAUGUAAGCACAUCGGACGGCGAUGGCAUGUGGCCCUGUGACAAUGUGACCCGGGUCGCAUUGCAUCGAAAGGAGCUCCAGCUGGAGUGACGGAGCAGGAGACGGUGACAGACAAAUACUCGCCUUGGGGCAGCAGCGUGUGGUGGUGGGCGGUGUUGGGUCUCAGCCACCCAACCAUCCAACCACCCAACCACCCACACGGGCCACGCACCACACACACCCCAGACAACCCACACACCCCAGACAACCCACUCACACCCCAGACAACCCACACAACCACUUACCCACAUGUAGAGUUACAUCCAUAACUUGACACUUGUAUUUAGGAACUGAUGUAAGUCACAAACACGAUUGCAAUUACGAUUACGAGUAUAUUUUGCAUAGGUUCUAUUCGAGCAGAUCAGAUCUUUGUAGUCGCACAGAGUACACGAUACCAGAUACGAUACGAUACUAAACUAAACACACCAUCAGCAUGGAAGCUAAUCCUAAGUUGACACACACAUAAUCGCAUCUGAAACGUAACGGCAUACAUAUCAAAUGUUUACAUACAUACUUGCAUGAUCCACCACCCAUUCAUAACCAGGUAUGAAACGAAGCUAUACACUAUAUCUCUAACGAAAGCCAAAGUACCUAUUUAAAGACAUAGAAUCUGUAAUGUGUAUCUACUACGAUAUGAUAACAAUAUUUACAUGGAUCCAUCAACGGAAGACUUCUUGACUCCAUGGUCGCCACAGAGACCAUUGCGGGGCAUCUGGGCAUCUGGGCAUGAGCACGAUGAGGAUGCCUCCCCUGACUAUCAUUGCUGUUUAACUAUUUACCACCUAACCAGAAUAAUACAGAUUUGGACGAGCCCCGUUCGCCACAUAAGCUAAUGUAUAAAAUACUCAUGGCCAACAACACACACAUACCACACACACAGAGAGAGAGAUCCGGAUCCGGAAACCUAAAACAAAUUCGCGAUGGCAUUGUGUUUUUGUAUUAUAUUAAAUGUGUAUGUACAAUUUUA